AGUUUCUUGUACCUAAGUUUCUUAAAUCCUUAAACCUGUCUGAAAACUAAAAAAAUACAGCAGGAAUGAAAUUUCUUGUCGCGUUAUUAUUUAUUUCUUUCUUUGGAUCUAUUCUGUGCAAUGAAUAUCAGUCUAUAGUAUCUAAGGUUCAAGAAAACGGUGAUGAGAAUCAAGAAAAAUGUGAUUUUUUCACAGGAAAUUGGGUUUUGGAUUUCAAAAGACAUCCUUUGUAUAAACCAAAUGAAUGUCAGUUUCUAGGAGACUGGGAGAAUUGCAUAAAGAAUGGUAGGUCUGAUUCUCUAUUUCAGAAAUGGAGAUGGCAGCCUAGAGACUGUAAAUUGCCAAAGUUCAAAGCAAAAAGAUUGUUGAAGAAACUGAAGGGGAAGAGGCUUAUAUUUGUUGGAGAUUCUAUACAUAAUAACCAAUGGAAUUCUUUAGUUUGUAUGGUUCAAUCUGCUAUUCCAUCAAGCAAGAAGAGAAUUGACUUUUCAGGCUAUCCAUAUGUUUUCCACAUUGAGGAUCACCACAAUGCUACCAUAGAGUUUUAUUGGUCGCCAUUUCUAGUUGAGUCAAGUUCAGACCCUGUCCCAAUGAGGGACGGUAAAACAAUAUCUGCAAUAAUGCCAGAAUCAAUAGCAAAGCAUGGAGAUUACUGGAAGAAUGCAGACUACUUGGUCUUUGAUUCAUAUGCCUGGUGGACCAAGCGUCCCACCGUAAGAGUAUUGCGAGGAUCGUUUGAUAAAGGAGACACGGAGUAUGAUGAGGUCGAGCAACAUAUAGCAUACCAAAGAGCUUUAAGGACUUGGGCAAAAUAUGUGGAAGAAAAUGUGGAUCCUUCUCGAACCACAAUAUUCUUUAGCACAAUGUUUCCUCAGCACUACAGGAGUACCGAAUGGAACAAUCCGGCAGCAAUUAAUUGUUGGAAUGAAACUCUUCCGAUUAACAUGUCUACGCCAUUGCGUAUAGACACAGACAGUAAAUUUUUCACACUGGCUGAAGAAGUGACGAAAUCAAUGAAAGUACCUGUCCACUUCCUGAACAUAACAACUCUAUCAGAAUACAGAAAAGAUGGACAUAUGUCUAUAUAUACUAAUCAAGGCAGUAAAUUGCUUACACCAGAACAGAAAGCUCACCUAGCUGAUAGUGCUGAUUGUGUUCAUUGGUGUCUCCCUGGAGUGCCUGAUACUUGGAACGAGUUGCUCUAUGCACAUCUUGUAACAGACUCUUGACUCUAAAAAUUACUCUUCAAUUCUUUUUUAUUUUACUUUACAUAUUUAAACAAUUGUAAUUGCAUUUCAGUUAAAAAAUAAAUGUUAAUUGAUGAUAAAUUCAAUAUAAACUCACAAUUUGAGGUUUCCUAAUA